CCAUACCGUGGAUUUACUAGGGAAUUCGCGAAAAUGGACAAGCUUGAUGAAAGUUCUACAAGAGGAACUACAAUUGAAACACCGUUAAAUUCGAAAGAGUUAAUUGGUGUGAAUUAUCCUGGUUUUAUAAAGAACCCUGAAAAGAUGCUUGAAACACUCGGUGGAGAAGCAAAACUGACAAAGGCUUUCAAUGAUGAUCAUGCCCCUUUGUCUCUGAAGUUCCAGCCUGACAAUCCUUACUGUAAACCAGCACGGGGUGUGGCCACCAGGUCAACCUCCCUGCUAGUGAAGGUCAAACGCCGAUAUAGAAGGACUAGAGAUGGCGAUGAUGAGGCUAUUCCAGGAAGUGAGGAGUACUCUUCAGAGGUCCUGGGUGUGAUUGGACAAAGAUAUGAAUUCCCAUACCUUUGUGACUUUCAAUAUCUACCGUACGAGGGCAAGCCGGGUGGAGAAGCGUCAAGCCUGAUAGAAAAGGUACUGCCUUCUGCUGGUGAGGAUAUCAGCUACGUAGACAAAGACGCUCCCUCCUUCAUGCUUCCGGAGAUCUUCUCAAAGUUUGACAAGCCCAUUGAGUACAACUACAAGGUGGGCCAACAGCUUCGGACUGUUCGAGAACAGCAGGAGAUGCCCGACUUUGGAGCCAAACUUAUCCAGCACGGAAGGAACAAGAGGAACAACUUUGCCCAUGUGGUAUCCACCAUGGCUGAUUUUGAGGUUCCAAUGGCACCCCAUCCAGUUGCUGUGGACAAUCUGGAAUCUCAGAAACCAGGAGCAGCUACUGAGGAAAUUAGGAAGCUCUUUGAAAAGCGCCCCCUUUGGUCACGUAAUGCACUGAAAUGUAACACUGAGGUCUCAUCCAUCCUUAUCAAGGGUAUCUUAUGCGUGGUAGCUUACUAUUUCCAACAAGGACCUUGGAGAGGGCUUUGGUGUCGUAUGGGGUACGACCCCAGGGAACAUCCGGAGUCUAAGAACUACCAGCUACUCGAUUUCAGGAUAAGAAAAGAACUCACAGACAAGAGUGUGAAGUUGAUGCUGAAGAAGAAGCGGAUGAUAUUACACCCUCACCAAACCUUGAAAAAUAAACGGGUUAUACCAGCACCCCUACUGUCUGGCAGUGCCGAACCAGCGGGAUGUAACAGGGAAUCCUUUGAUUCCUACUACAUCAUGAGGCGUGGCAUCCUACCAGCAUACCAUCAGAUGUUCUACCAGCUGUGUGAUCUCGAGGACCCUGAGCUCCAGGCGAUCAUCAACAACCCGCAAUGGCAUAAGACCAAGCCAAACAUGAAGAGUGGCUUCUUCGAGGCGGAGAUGUUCCGCCGUCUCCGGGAUUGUCUCACCCAGAUGAUCAAGGAUACAGUGCUUGAAGUCAACGCAAGUAAAUCGUUGCAAGAUGAUUCUAGUCAGGGCUCCACACCUUCAACGUCAGCAUCCACUCCUGAGAUGCAGGAGAACAGAGAGAAGGAUGAUGAAGAGGGGACUGCAGCAGGGGAAGGCGAGAAAGAUGAUGGAGAAGAUGAGGAAGGAUUGGAUGAUGGAGGAAUAGAUGAUAAUGAUGAUGCAGAAGAGAUGGAGGACGAGAGCAUCCUGUGUGAUGAAGCCGGUGGAGCAGAGGACGCGACAGGGAUGGAGAAAGACGACAAGGAAGUCAAUGAAGAAGUCGACAGUGAGAAUGAAAUGGCAAUGGAGAUGUUAGAAUUUUUCGAUCCCAGUAUGUUACCAAGUUGAUGAAGACUGGAGAUAGGCGAAGGGUCAGGAGGAAGGAUGUUUACGUUGUUAACGGCUGAAAAGUCACCAAUGUGAAGGUCAUGACAAGGAGAGGGGUGGUGAGAAUAAAUGGCCAUGGAAAUGUUUGAAUGUACGGAUAGCAGUAUGCUAUCAAGUUGGUCAAGACUGGCGAUAGGCAAAAGGUUAUGAGGAAGGAUGUAUACGAUGUUAACAUCUAAAAAAAGCACCAAUGUGAAGGUCAUGAUGAGAAGGGUGAGAAGAGUAAAAAUCGCCAUGGAAAUUUAUGAUUGAAUUCGUGGAUAAUAUUAUAUUACCCAACAGAUAAAGACUGAUGAGAGGAAAAAGAUUAUGAGAACCAGAAGAUGUUAACAGAUGGGAGGUUCUGCUACCCUGUUCGGCGUACAACAAUUCAAGGGGUAGAGCUAUGUAGAUCCGGCGCUGCACGGUGGCUGUCUGGCCCACGAUCAACUGGGCAAAAAGAAUUUUCAGAGUAACUCUAUUUCAGAUCUAAUUUCAAACAUUAAAAUAUGGAUUUUUCUUUUAGUUUAUUCACCAUCAACCUCAAAAAACAUGAGUAUCCAUGUUAAGAGAAGGAGGAGAGACAUGGUGAAAACAAAAUGGCUAGGGAUGAUGGAAAUGUUGGGAUUCACCAAGAGCAGUAAGCUAACCAGCUGAUAACUGAUGAAAGGCAAAAUAUUCUGAGAGAGGUUUGAGAGUUGUAAACAUCAAAAUAUGUGAACCUCAUGAUUUGGGGAGGAAAAAAAAAAUGGCCAUGGAGACGUUGGAAUUCAUCAACAUGAUAUUGCCUAUUCUGCGUAUGGAUACUAAUGCUAGGUUAGAAUUUAGGAAGAGAGCUGUAUUCAUUGAGCUAUGUUACAAAAAUGACAGUGAGAACAAAUAACUCCUUGGAAAUGUUGUUAUUCAUGUAUAGUGGUAUACAUGAGAGUCUGCACAUAUUGACCUUUCGUGAUUCGAAUAAUCAUUUUUCGAGGAAGAAGUAUGUAAAGCAUGUAUAAUUUACAUCUUUUAAAUGAGAUUUUGUCAAAGUCGAAAUAGAUUUCUGUUCCGAGAGAUUGACAUUUGUAGUUUUUAUUGGACUACCCAUAGCUUGUAAAAGUUGAUGGGCCAGGAGGUGCAAUAGCUCAGUCGUUAGAGCGGGGGUAUCGGAUUCUGGUGACCCGGGUUCGAUUCCCACUUGGUUCAAGUCAUUUAUCCGUAUUGCCCGGUCCCUCAGAGAGGACUUUGUGCAGUCAGUCCUCUGGUUGCUUGCUUAUAAGCAUUCCUGCUUUCUUAGCAA